AUGGCUUUGGCGUUGGAUGGUAUGGACGCCGACAGCCUCUUCAACACUCCGUGCUUAGGGUAUGCCUUGGAGGACCUCCUGGCGCUUCCCGCGCCGGCCAGCGCCGAAGCCGAGGUCAAACUUACGACCCCGUUGUCGAAAAACGUGACACUGAAUGCUCCGCUUGUGGCGGCUCCUAUGGACACGGUGACAGAGGCCCGCAUGGCGAUAGCAUGCGCACUCAUGGGCGGGAUCGGUGUGAUCCAUUCCAACUGCUCUGCUGCGGAACAGGCGAAACAGGUGGAUCUGGUGAAGAAGUGGGAGAAUGGGUUCAUCAUGGAUCCCUUUGUGCUCUCGCAGACACACACCGUUGCAGAUGUGGACAACAUUAGGCAAAAGCACGAUGCCUCCACGGUCUGCAUUACGGACAUGGGGAUGAUGGGGAACAGGUUCCUUGGGAUCGUGACAAGCCGUGACAUCGACUUCAUCGAGGACCGAAGUACCAGGCUGUCAGCAGUCAUGACGCCAAAGGCGCAGUGCCUGACAGCCUCAGAGCCGAUCUCCCUUGGGGAGGCACUCGAAAAGCUCGUCCAAAGCAAGAAGGGCAAGCUGCCCAUCUUGAACGAGGACGGCGAGCUGGUGGCUCUUGUGACAAGAUCCGACCUAAAAAAGGUCAAGAACUUCCCAAAUGCUGCGAUGGAUGCGAACCGGCAGCUGCUGGUGGGCGCUGCUGUGGCGCCGAAGGCUGCAGAGUUGGAGCGCGUCCGCUGCCUGGUGGAGGCUGGAAUGGACGUCCUUUUCCUGGAGGCCGGCCGUGGCUCCAUCGCAGAGCAAGCCGACUUCAUCAGAAAGGUGAAACAGCAGUUUCCGUCGUUGGACGUCGUCGCCGGGAACGUGGUCACACCAAAGCAGGCACAGCCUUUGCUGGAAGCCGGUGCAGACGGGCUGCGGGUCGGCGUCGGCUCGGAUAGCUUAGUCUCGCAAGCGGAGGCCCCGGCGAUUGGCCGCCCACUGGGCAGUGCAGUGUACCACGUGGCUCGGUACGCAAGCGAGUUCAAAGUGCCAGUGGUUGCAGAUGGAGGCGUAGCCAACAGUGCUGCUGCGGCAAUGGCCCUGGCGCUCGGUGCUUCCACCUUCAUGUGUGGCCUUCUGCUGGCGGGUACAUCUGAGAGCCCGGGGGACGCUUUCUACCACGAUGGCCGGAGGAUGAAACUCUAUCGGGGCAUGAACUCCUUAGAGGUGGUCCCUGCACAGAUAGAGGCGAAGAAGUAUAGCAGGGAUGAGGAGAACACCAGCAUCAAGAGGUUCGGAGGCGGCUGCAGCUGUGCGGUUGUCGAUCGAGGGCCGGUGAAGCCACUGGUUGCCUCGUUCCUGGAGGGCGUCAAGAGGGAUCUCAAGAGGCUCGGUGCCUCCACGGUAAUGGAGCUUCACGAGGACCUGUACACGAUGAAAACUCGCUUUCACGUACGGUCCGCGGCCGCGUUCGGCUCCUCUCGUCGUGGCGGCUUAGCCUGA